AUGUCCCAAGUGGAGGCUUUUGGGGAAUCCGAGUUACGUUCUCAGCUAAAAUCAUCUAGAACUGAGAUUGCCAUGGCGAUCCAUGACCCUUUCCCUCUGCUGUAUGGGCUUAUGGAUCAUGAUAUCAUCUCUGGUCAGCUGCUCGGGGAGACUCUGGAGAGGAAGAAGAAAGAUGGGAUCCAUAAGGCUAUGUACUCUCUACUGUCGUGGCUGCUGGAGCAGAACGGUUCAGUUCUUCAUGCUUUCUGGGCCAAUCUAACCAAAGACUACAAUCAGGAGAGUUACCCUAAACUGCAAAGCCUGUUCUCCAGUUUGCCUAAAGGGAUGAGGAUGGAGACCAAGGCCUCCAGGAUUCCCAAGCUCGAGUUGCAGAAUCGGGCUCUGGCAGACAGGAAGAAGCGGCUCAGGGAGAAGCAGCUGACCCACCAGCCACACCACUACACCAAGAGAGCCUUGCAGGCCAGCUCAGGAGUCAAAGAGACAUCUAUGAGGAAGUCGGACAGUGCGUCUCUCUCUCAGGUUUCCGUGAGCAACAGUGUGCAGUCUGUGUCUGCCUCAGUCCAGCAUGCUGUGACUCUAUCUGCUGGAGAGCUUCCUGCAGGCUGUGGGACAGUGGAGGAGAUUCUCAUCCAACAAGUCAUUGAGUCCGGAGGAGCCAAGAAGUGUAUCAAGGUCGGGGGAGAGUUCUACUCCAGCAACAUGGAGGAGACAGCUAGCGGUCACAUGCCACAGACUGUAGAAAAUCAUGGUCACCACCAGGGGGAGCCUAACACUAGUGCAACGGACGUAGAACGUAAUGAUGAUGAGUGUGCAGUGUGUAAAGAUGGGGGUGAGCUGAUUUGCUGUGAUGGAUGCCCUCGGGCUUUUCAUCUCACCUGCCUGAUACCUCCCCUUUCCUCCAUACCCAGUGGUUCUUGGCACUGUAUGAUGUGUGAUGGUGACAGAACAUUGUUGGAAAAGACAUACACAUCCCUGCAGGCUCCCGCUCAGCCCCCUCUGUUGGAAGGUGGAUCCAGUUCCACAGUGGACUUCUCUUUCUUCUCCUCCGCCUCUCUGUCUGCAGUCACAGGCGGCAAGAGUGCACCACCUGCGGCCUUUCAGUCUCCUGACACUGAGCUGGUUGGCGUCAGGAAGUCCUGCGGGAUUUGCCACCUUGCUCAAGGAGAGCUGCGCAUGUGUGCUCAGUGCCUGCAAAGCUACCACACCCACUGCAACUUCCCAAAUGGAAGGUCUAGAUGUAUGACCUGCUCCAGAUCUUGGGUGUUAACUGAGAAUGAUGCACCAUCCAGGGCUGUGCAGUGUUCUGGUGAACAGGUUUCAGCUCACACCGAGCAGCAGUUGUUAAACAAAGACGAAAUAGACUCCUUCAUAGGGGAGAGCUCAAUUGAUGGGAUCCUGCAGUGGGCCUUUCAGAACAUUUCACGCCCCCUCUCUGAGUCUCAAGGCUACUUCCAAUGA